GGGAAAACUCUUCUGUGGGUGUGUAUCAUUAUUGAAGCUGUGGCCCCAUUUAUGGGGAAUCAAACGUGGGAGUGACUGGGACAAGAGUUGGGAAAAAGGGAAAAGAAAACGUUAGACGACAUAUAAAACCCUAUAAAGGUCUGAGGGUUUAAGGCAUCACACCCUAUUUCACUCAUCACACGCCAUGUACCGAGUUCUGCGAUGCAGAGAAAUGAGACCAAGAGUAGCUCAAGCCGUUGCUUCAAGUUGGUUCAGCUCAUUUAGCUUGCCGAGAACAAUUCACACCUUAUCUUUUGCAACCGUAGAAGUUGAAGAGAUAUCGGGUUCUCAGCCUGCUGAAGUACUAAACUUGGCUCAGGGUAAAUGGAUUGGAUCCUCUUGCUCGAAUUCAGUUGUGGAUCCUUUAAAUGGAGAAUCAUUCAUUAAAGUUGCUGAGGUAGCUGAAACAGGGAUACAGCCAUUUGUGGAGAGCUUGUCUAGGUGCCCCAAACAUGGUCUACACAAUCCAUUUAAAGCGCCAGAGAGGUAUCUUUUAUUUGGAGACAUAUCGACAAAGGCAGCUCACAUGCUUUCUCUGCCAAAGGUUUCCAAUUUUUUCUCUAGGUUGAUACAAAGGGUUUCUCCAAAAAGUUACCAGCAGGCCCUGGGUGAAGUUUAUGUCACGCAAAAGUUUUUUGAGAAUUUCUCUGGUGAUCAGGUUCGUUUCUUGGCGAGAUCUUUUGCAGUACCAGGAAAUCAUCUCGGGCAGCAGAGUCAUGGUUUUAGGUGGCCUUAUGGUCCUGUGGCAAUUGUCACUCCCUUCAAUUUCCCUCUGGAGAUUCCUGUACUUCAAUUGAUGGGUGCACUUUAUAUGGGCAACAAACCCAUUCUUAAAGUCGAUAGCAAGGUGAGCAUUGUGAUGGAGCAAAUGAUUCGUUUGCUUCAUUAUUGCGGGUUACCUGUGGAAGAUGUGGACUUCAUCAAUUCUGAUGGGAAGACAAUGAAUAAAUUAUUAUUGGAGGCAAAGCCACGAAUGACUCUCUUUACUGGUAGCUCAAGGGUGGCUGAUAAGUUAGCUGUUGACCUCAAGGGCCGUGUUAAAUUGGAAGAUGCAGGAUUUGACUGGAAAGUCCUGGGGCCUGAUGUUCAGGAGGUGGAUUAUGUUGCAUGGGUCUGUGACCAAGAUGCGUAUGCAUGCAGUGGUCAAAAGUGCUCUGCACAAUCAAUCCUUUUCAUGCAUGAGAACUGGUCUAAAAGUUCACUUAUUUCCAAAAUGAAAGAUCUGGCUGAGAGAAGAAAGUUAGAAGAUUUAACAAUUGGCCCAGUUCUUACUUUUACAACUGAAGCCAUGCUUGAACACAUGAAUAACCUGCUUCAGAUAUCUGGAUCAAAGCUGCUUUUCGGUGGUGAGGCUUUAGAAAAUCAUUCGAUUCCACCAAUAUAUGGUGCUCUAAAACCAACAGCCAUUUACAUUCCACUUGAAGAAAUAUUAAAGGACAGCAAUUAUGAACUUGUGACGAGAGAAAUUUUUGGACCAUUCCAGAUUGUAACUGACUAUAAAGAAGAUCAACUGCUGCUGGUGUUGGAUGCUCUUGAGAGGAUGCAUGCGCAUCUAACGGCUGCUGUAGUCUCAAAUGAUCCACUGUUUCUGCAGGAGGUUGUUGGAAAAUCAGUGAACGGGACGACUUAUGUUGGACUGCGAGCAAGAACAACAGGGGCUCCACAGAAUCACUGGUUUGGACCAUCCGGAGAUCCAAGGGGUGCAGGAAUUGGAACCCCAGAAGCAAUAAGGCUUGUUUGGUCUUGCCACAGAGAAAUCAUAUACGAUUUGGGUCCCGUGCCAAAACCCUGGGAAAUUCCACCAGCAACCUGAGGCAUCACGUUGACAGAGAACUCUGCGGCUAAUAAACCCGAUGAGAAAUGCAAAUUGGGCUGAGAGACGAUCUUUAUUGACAUGUCUAUUUUGGGGACAAUGACUGAUUGGUAGUGUUUAAUAAGAAAAUAAUAUUUUAUACA